AUGCUGAUGACCACUAUGAACACGGCUAUGGUGAAUAUGGUGCUGGCCACCACGGGCACGAACACGAUCACUCCCAUGGCGAUGGCUUCAAGAAAGGCUUCGAUGAGGGUGGAUACGGUGACUACGGCAGCCACAAGUACGGUGGAUGGGGAAGUUAUGCAAAAGGAAAGGAACACGGAUCAUAUUACGACCACUAUGAACACGGCUAUGGUGAAUAUGGUGCUGGCCACCACGGGCACGAACACGAUCACUCCCAUGGCGAUGGCUUCAAGAAAGGCUUCGAUGAGGGUGGAUAUGGAGACUACGGCAGCCACAAGUACGGUGGAUGGGGAAGUUAUGCAAAAGGAAAGGAACACGGAUCAUAUUACGGAUCUUCAUACGAUGACGGCCACGGUGAAGGACACCACGGUAAGGAGCAUCAUGCAGGCGGACAUGAGUACCACCAUGGAGACCACGGCCACGAUCAUGACCAUGAUCAUGACCACACGAACGACCACGGACAUCACGGUCACGAUCACGAUCAUUACGGCCACGGCUUCCAUGGACACGGUCAUGACUUGGGCCACCAUGGUGAUCAUUACGGCCAUGACCACUACUGAGCUUCCUAAUACACUACGGACGCGCUUUUUCGCAAGUUGCACGAAAGAUACCAACAAACUUCCAUCUUCCAUAUUCUUCUAA